AUGUCUGCUUCUCUUGCAACUGAGUGCAACGAAGUGAAGGAGAAAUAUGAUACAUGUUUCUUGAAAUGGUACAGCGAAAAAUACUUAAGAGGGUUGGGGAAGGCCGAUGACAAUGAUUGUGCUGCCCUUUUCAAGCAGUACCAGGCGUGUCUAAAUGUGGCCCUCAAGCAAAGAGGUAUUGACAAGCUUCUUGAGGAAGCAAGGGAAGAUAACCAGGAGAAUGAUGUGGUGCAUAUGCAUCGCAAA